CUCAAAAGGUGGACCUGGUGGGUGGGGCUUGAGUAAGAUCUAAUCUCUAAAGCUUUGUUUUUCUCUUUAAGUUUAAAAUGGAGGAGGACAGUACAGGAGAGAAUGAGAGACUGUUAGCAGCUCAAGAAAAAGUGAAAAAAGUUAAUGAGAUAACUCGUGAUAAUAUUUCAAAGUUAAUGGACAGGGGAGACAAUUUAAACGACUUACAAGCAAGAACAGAGUCGUUGAGUGAUCAUGCUGUUAAUUUUAGUUUCACUGCUCGAAGGUUGAAGAGGAAAGUUUGUUGGAAGAAUGUUAAGCUUUGGUUUGUUCUCUUGUUCAUAUUAAUGGUGAUACUAGCAGUACUGAUCAUUGCAUUAGUGGCUGCUGUCCAGAAAAAUAAAAAUAAGAACUGAUUUAUUAUUAUUGUUGUCAUGUUAAUUACUGUGACUUUUAUAAUAAAU